AUAUAUAAGAAUCACUCAUCAUCAUCAUCGAAGAAAAGAAAUUCAGAGUUAUAGAUAUUUGAUCAUCAAUCAUGGGUAGCUCAUCAGGAAUUGUUUGUCUGAUUGUGAUGUGCAUGGUAGUGAGUGCACCUCAUGCACAAGCAGCGGUAACAUGCGGUUCCGUGGUGAGUGCCUUAUCUCCCUGCCUUGGCUACGCACGAAGUGGUGGGACAAUCCCAGCUCUUUGCUGCACCGGAGUUAAAAACCUAUAUAGAAAUGCCGCCACUACCGCCGACCGCCAGGCAGCUUGCUAUUGUCUUAAAACACUCAUCGGUUCCAACUCUUACCCAAAUGCCCCCGGAAUCCCUGGCAAAUGCGGCGUUUCUAUUCCAUACAAGAUCGCCCCUUCCACCGACUGCAACAAGGUCACUUAAGCCGAUCUACGAACAUCGCCGACACGAGUUCGAGCUCAGAACCUAAGCAGGCGCAAAGUUAUCUAUUUUUCUUAUUAUUAUUUUGAGAGAAUAAAACAUGUAGGCGGGUCAUCGUGGACCCCUCAUUUACUACUUGUUAUUGUACUCAAUUAAUUAUCGACCCUAUAUGGCUACCACCAGUUUUAUAUAUUUGAAGUUGUGUGCAUGCUUUUUUAUAUGUUAUUGAAUAAUGAUAUUUUCAUUUUAUGC